GGUGCCGGGGUCGCCAGCUCCUCGCCCACCUCCCUCCCAGCGGGAGAAGAGGAGGAGGGGAAGUGACUACGGAGUUGAUGAACUUUGCACAUCCAGAAACGCCAUUUUGAUUCCUUUUCCGGAACAAGUUUGCAUCUCUCCUCGCUCUCUCCCCAAAGCCCACCGGUCCCCCACGGCAUCAUGCCCGGGAGCCCAGCGCCCUGCCCUGCCGUUGCUCCCACUCUGCUCCAGAGGUGGUGGCUUUGAGGUGUGACCCUGCCCACGUCUGGGCCCGGCCAGGACCAGCUCCUCAGUAAGGAGGGCCAGCCUGAUAAGACAAAGAAAACAGUGUCAACGAGUGAUACCGAGAGAAGAAAAAAAAAGUGAAACACAGACUCCUUUCCUACUCCGCGCGGAUGAUAGCUAUAGCCAGGGAAAUCUCAUAGUUUAUCGGUUGGGGCAGAAAUGGAGGUAAUUGGCAGUGGGCUGGGUUUCCUUCUGUCCAUUUUCUGGGGUAUAGGUAUAUUUCCUAUUUGUAUUUUUUAAGGAGCAGUGUUUUUUAUGUUGAUUUGAAAUUUGGUCAUAAUUUUGAUAGGGUUGGCACCUCAAAUGUCUUAAAAAAUUGGGGUCCAUUGAACUCACUGGCUUGUGGCAGCAGAGUUAAGUGAAACCUGAUGGUUCUCAAUUAUUAGGUCUACAACAUCCCUGUUGUAAUAAAUUAGUAAGGUUAUGGGGAAGGUGCUGGUCAAAUGGCAGCUCCCAGGGCUUCCUAAUCGUUGGUUCAGCCUUUGCCACUCUGCCUAAUGAAAGAUUAGUAUUGGCAAAGAGACCUGCCUCAGGUGGCUUUGGGAGUUGUGUUAGUGGCAUACACUGAGAAAGAAAGUAAGGUUAUUCUUUGAUAUGACAACACUUCAUUUAGGUGAAAGCUUACGUCGUUAUGGGUGUGUCAGCUUGAACUGAAGACAGAGGGUCUUAGGUAUGUUGGCCUGACUUACAGUUGUGGUAGCCAUGGCCAGUGCCACCUGGCUCUGACAGAAGCCUCAAUUUCCCAAUGAUCAUAUCAGCAAUUUCCGAUUUUCAGUUUUAUGGCAGAGGCUUCUUAGAAGCUUAAACCCUUGUCCCAAUGACGUCAAGUUCGCCCAUUGGCUUGGAAGGUUCAGACUUGUCUUCCGUCAACACCAUGAUGUCAGCGGUAAUGAGUGUAGGGAAGGUUGCAGAGAAUGGCGGGAGCCCCCAGAGCAUCAAGUCUCCCACGAAGCCUCCAGGACCAAACCGGAUUGGCCGAAGGAACCAGGAAAUGAAAGAAGAGAAGUCUUCCUACAACUGCCCCCUGUGUGAGAAGAUUUGCACUACCCAGCACCAGUUAACUAUGCACAUUCGUCAGCACAACACGGACACCGGAGGGGCAGACCAUUCGUGCAGCAUCUGCGGGAAGUCUCUGAGCUCGGCCAGCUCCCUGGACCGCCACAUGCUGGUGCACUCUGGCGAGAGGCCUUACAAGUGCACUGUGUGUGGCCAGUCCUUUACCACCAAUGGGAACAUGCACAGACAUAUGAAGAUUCAUGAGAAGGACCCGAACAGUGCCGCCGCUGCAGCCCCGCCAUCCCCACUGAAGCGUAGGCGGCUGUCCUCCAAAAGGAAACUGAGUCAUGAUGCCGAGUCGGAGAAAGAAGACCCAGCGCCUGCUAAAAAGAUGGUGGAAGAUGGGCAGUCAGGUGACUUGGAGAAGAAGGCAGAUGAAGUGUUCCACUGCCCAGUGUGCUUCAAGGAGUUUGUUUGCAAGUAUGGACUGGAGAGCCACAUGGAGACCCACUCAGAUAACCCACUGAGAUGUGACAUUUGCUGUGUCACCUUUCGGACACAUCGAGGAUUGCUACGCCACAAUGCGCUUGUCCAUAAACAGCUUCCCAGAGAUGCAACGGGAAGGCCUUUCAUCCAGAACAACCCUUCCAUUCCUGCUGGCUUCCAUGACUUGGGAUUCACCGACUUCUCCUGUAGGAAGUUUCCUCGGAUUUCUCAGGCCUGGUGUGAAACAAACCUGCGAAGGUGCAUCAGCGAGCAGCACCGUUUCGUCUGUGACAUCUGCGACAAGGCAUUCCCCAUGCUCUCCUCGCUCGCCCUGCACAAGCAGACCCAUGUCGCCGUGGACCAGGGACGGGAAAGGUUGCAAGCCAAGACCCUACCUGAUGACGCCAUGGACCAGAAGGUCUUCCUGGCCUUGCUGGGCCUGCAGCACACCAAAGACGUCAGGCCUGUCCCAGUUGAGGAGCCCCCGCCGGAUGACAACCAAGCAAUACAGUUCCAGGCACUCAAGUGUCAGCUACCUCAGGAACCUGGCUGCACCAAUGUGCUGAGGCUGUCUCCUUUUGAAGCUUCUUCCCUGGGCGGUUCUCUCACAGUCCUCCCGGCUAACAAGGAGAGCAUGAAGCACCUGUCCCUGCAGCCUUUCCAAAAGGGCUUCAUCAUUCAGCCUGAUAGUAGUAUUGUGGUCAAGCCCAUCUCCGGGGAGUCAGCCAUUGAGCUGGCUGACAUCCAGCAGAUCCUGAAGAUGGCAGCCUCAGCGCCCCCUCAAAUCAGUCUUCCGCCUCUCUCCAAGGCCCCUGUCACCCCUCUGCAGGCGAUUUUCAAACACAUGCCCCCUCUGAAGCCAAAGCCCCUGGUCACACCGCGGACGGUGGUAGCCACCUCAACACCCCCCCCUCUCCUCAAUGCCCAGCAGGCCUCCCCUGGCUGCAUCAGUCCCAGCCUGCCCCCGCCGGCCCUGAAGCUCCUCAAAGGCUCGGUGGAGGUGGCCUCCAACACAAACCUGCUGCAGUCCAAGUCCGGGGCCCAGCCACACGCGGCCAUGCAGCUCUUCCUGCAGCAGCCACGGGUAGAGCUGCCGGGUCAGGCUGAGAUGAAGACGCAAUUGGAGCAGGACAGCAUCAUCGAGGCCCUGCUGCCCCUGAGCAUGGAGGCCAAGAUCAAGCAGGAGAUAACAGAGGGGGACCUCAAGGCCAUCAUGACGGGCCCCGGCAGCAAGAAAUCUCCAGCCAUGCGUAAGGUGCUCUAUCCCUGUCGCUUCUGCAACCAGGUGUUCGCCUUCUCCGGGGUGUUGCGUGCUCACGUGCGCUCCCACCUGGGUAUCUCUCCAUACCAGUGCAACAUCUGCGACUACAUCGCGGCCGACAAGGCCGCACUCAUCCGCCACCUGCGCACGCACAGCGGCGAGCGGCCCUAUAUCUGCAAGAUCUGCCACUACCCCUUCACCGUCAAGGCCAACUGCGAGCGGCACCUGCGCAAGAAGCAUCUCAAGGCCACCCGCAAGGACAUCGAGAAGAACAUCGAGUAUGUGACCAGCAGCGCGGCAGAGAUGGUGGACGCCUUCUGCUCCCCAGACACAGUGUGCCGGCUGUGCGGUGAAGACCUGAAGCACUACCGCGCUCUGCGCAUCCACAUGCGCACGCACUGCGGCCGCGGCUUGGGCGGCUGCCCCAAGAGCCACAAGCCCUUUGAGUGCAAGGAGUGCAGCGCCACCUUCUCAGCCAAGCGCAACUGCGUCCACCACAUCCUUAAGCAGCACCUACAUGUGCCGGAGCACGAUAUCGAGAGCUACAUCCUGGCGGCAGAUGGCCUGGGCCCCAAGGAGGCCCCUGUGGCUGAGGCCUCAGGGAGGGUGGAGGAGGGCAGCGGAGCCUUUGGUGAGCGCAAACCCCUUGCCACCUUUCUGGAGGCCCAGAAUGGCUAUCUUCACGCGGGCCCCACCCAGCCUCCACCUCCCAUCUCUGUCAAGUUGGAGCCGGCCAGCAACUUCUCAGUGGACUUCAAUGAGCCUCUGGACUUCUCCCAGAAGGGCCUGGCCCUGGUCCACGUGAAGCAGGAAAACGCAGCCUUGUUCCUGAGCCCCUCUUCCUCGGCCCCCUAUGACUGCUCUAUGGAGCCCAUUGACCUAUCCAUCCCCAAGAACUUUAGGAGAGGAGACAAGGAUUCAGCUGCUCCCAGUGAAGCCAAGAUGCCUGAGCAGGAACCAGGGAGCGGGGAGCAACUCUCUCCCUGUCCACCACCGUGCCCUACUCUGCCAGUGACCUUGGGGUCCAGUGGGAUCCUGGAGAAACCCUUGGCCCUUUCGGCAGCAGCCUCCACAGCCACUACUCUGGAAGCCCAUGCUCAGCCCCUGCAGGGCUCCGUUCAGGUCGCUGUCCCCAUUUACUCCUCAGCCCUCAUCAACAGCUCCCCUCUCUUGGGCAGCUCCACCCUGAUAAGCAGCCCAGCCUUGUUGAGACCUCUACGCCCCAAGCCCCCCCUGCUCUUGCCAAAGCCCCCUAUGACAGAAGAGCUGCCCCCACUGGCCUCCAUUGCCCAGAUCAUCUCAUCUGUGUCCUCAGCCCCCACCUUGCUCAAAGCCAAGGUGACUGACCCAGGGCCCACAGGCACCAGCAGUAACACCACAGCUUCGGACAGCUUAGGAGGCACCACUGCCCCCACUGAGACCACCAGCCCCAAAGAAUCCAGCGACCCACCCCCUGCUGCCAACAGUCCAGAGGCGGCUUCACCCACUGGGCAGGGGCCAGCUGGCUUUUCAAAGAAGAGGGGCCGGAAAAAGGGGCUGAGGAGUCGGCCCCGGGCCAGCAAUGGUGGGGUAGACCUGGAUUCCAGCGGGGAAUUUGCCAGCAUUGAGAAGAUGCUGGCUACCACAGACACCAACAAGUUCAGUCCAUUUCUGCAGACAGCAGAGGACGACACUCAGGACGAGUUGGCCGGCACCCCUGCUGACCACAACGGGCCCAGUGAUGAAGAGCAGGGCAGCCCCCCAGAAGACAAGCUGCUGAGGACAAAGCGGAACUCUUAUGCCAACUGCCUGCAGAAGAUCAACUGUCCCCACUGCCCUCGAGUCUUCCCUUGGGCCAGCUCCCUCCAGAGGCACAUGCUCACACACACUGGUCAGAAACCCUUCCCUUGUCAAAAAUGCGAUGCCUUCUUUUCUACCAAAUCUAACUGUGAACGCCACCAGUUGCGCAAACAUGGAGUUACCAACUGUUCCCUGAGAAGAAACGGGCUUAUUCCCCAGGCAAAAGAGAGUGAUGUUGGACCCCAUGAUAGCACAGACAGCCAGUCAGACGUGGAGACGUCAGCUGCAGGAGGCGAAGUGCUGGACCUCACCUCUCGGGAGAAAGAGCAGCCGUGGUCAGAGGGGGGCCCUGAGCCCAGCCAGAUCAGAGGAGAGGUCCCCGUGGAGGAGCUGACUCGGGGAGCAGCCGAGUCCAUGGAUGGGGAGGAGCAGGCAGCCGAGGAGAGCCCGGAGCCCGAGGAGAAUCGUGAUGUGAAGGAGAGGGAGGAGGAUGAAGAAGACGGCCCCGAGGAAGACACGGUCAGCAACAAGAGCCUGGACCUCAACCUUGCCAGCAAGCUGAUGGGCUUCAAGCUGGCCGAGGGCGACUCUGGGGCUGUGGCCAGCGGGGGCUCGGCCCAGCAGGACCAGAAGCACACCUGCGACAUCUGUGGCAAGAGCUUCAAGUUCCUUGGGACGCUGAGCCGCCACAGGAAGGCGCAUGGCCGCGAGGUGCCCAGGGAGGAGAGCCCGCUCCCUCAGGAGGGCCAGGGCGAGAGGGGGGCUGCUGAGGGGCCGGUGCCCGUGCCCACUGCCCCCGCUCUGGAGCCAGAGGAGAAGCCCGAGCCCCCGGCCGAGGGGGAGGCCGUGUCCGAAGGCUCAGCAGAGAAGCAGAGCGAGGAGGCCGAGGGCACCUCCGACGGGGAGGGCACGGCCGAGAAGAAGUCCUCAGAGAAGAGUGACGACGACAAGAAGCCAAAGACAGAUGCCCCCAGGAGUGUGUGCAGCAAGGCCGACAAGAGGAAGAAGGUCUGCACUGUGUGCAACAAGAGGUUCUGGUCUCUGCAGGACCUGACCCGGCACAUGAGGUCCCACACGGGAGAAAGGCCGUACAAAUGUCAGACCUGUGAGCGAACCUUCACCUUGAAACACAGCCUGGUUCGCCACCAGCGUGUCCACCAGAAGGCCAGGCACGCCAAACACCACGGGAAGGACAGUGACAAGGACGAGCGGGGUGAGGAGGACAGUGAGAGCGAGUCCACCCACAGCGGCAACAACCCCGUCUCGGAGAAUGAGGCCGACGCGGCCGUGCUGGCCAGCAACCACGUGGCCGUCACCCGGAGCCGGAAGGAGAGCCAGGCCAAGGACGCCGGCCGCAGGGAGGACAGGGCGGUGGGUCGGACGGCCGGCGCCGGGCAGGCUGAGGCCGGCAGGAGUGCUCCCAAGGCCGCUCCCCCGGAGCAGGCGCCUCAGGGCGACCCCGACCCCGAGAGCCCGGUGGCCCUCGUGCAAGACCUGCUGGAGCUGAACGGCCAGCGGCCUGCCCACCCCAUCCUGGCCGCCGACGCUGCCUCGCCGCUGCUGGGAGUGGAAUGACGGCUCCUCCUGUGCCCAGCACGCCGCCGAAGGCCCCAGAGCCCCCCUGCAUCUGUGCUUCAUGAGGUUUCCUCAGUGCCUGUCCGCUGUGGGGAGAGGCGAGGAGGAAGGGCCGCCUCUCGGGGCCACAGCCUUACCACGCGCCCGUGCGGAGACCAGCACGGACGGUUCGAGUGCCUUAACUACUUACCAGCCCUUCAGUGUCGUCCUGGGGUGUUGUCCCAAAAUGACUUUAGAAACAAAGCAGAUAUUGUAAUGAAUUAUUGGAGAGGACCUUUUCAUUUAAGCAUUAACAUCACUUCUGUGUUGGUGUGUGUGAGCUUGUUCUUGCGAAUCUGAUCGUAACAUUUGUUCUGUGAGCUGGAAACAGAAGAAAAACAUGCCCUUGGAUACCCGUAGCCAAUAACUGGAAGAAAAUGAUGUGAAUUUUCAUGUAAAUUACCAGAGGAAAUACGGAUGAGAUGCUCAUUUCUCAUAUAGACCUUUUUCUUUUUCUUUUUUUUUUUAAUCUGCUAUGUGGUGGAGCUGUGAUUUGGUCCUCGAUGUUGAGGAUGUGGUGGAUGGAGGUUUCCAGUUUGGUUCAAGCCAAAACCAGGACAGAGUCUAGCUUCGACCUCAUGUGUGUUUUGCUCUUUCAGCGUUAGACAUACUAGUUCCUGUUCAAGUUCCAAGACAUUUGUUCUUAGAAGAGUUACCGUGGCAACUUAAUCUAUGGAGAACAUACACAGGUGUCCUGUAUCUGAUUUCCCCCUUUCGGGCUUUUACAAAAAAAUAUAUAUAUAUGGAUCUUCUGAAAAGUUUUUUGAGGUGCAAGUUUUUCUCUUGUUUUUCUCUUUGAUUUGUGGACACAAUGCUGAGAGUCAAUCACUACAUGAAACUCUGGCUGUGAAAAACAACAAAACCCCAAAGGGCUGAUUUUCCCGCGGCCGGGGAAGCUUUGUGGCAGUCGGAUGAUUCGUCGUACCUUCACCCUCCGUUCGCCUCUUCCUCUCCUCUCUUUUCUUCAAGAAGGAAGUGAUCCUAGUGAGUUCAGCCCAUGCAUUACACAGGAAACAAUAAUAAAUGUAGAGUUCAUAUUUUUCUAAAGGGAACUUAAAAACUGCUGCUACAUGUUAUGUACAAAACUGGUUUAUGCCACAUGAACAGAAUCACAAGAUUAGUUUUGGUACUUUUGUUCCUCUUUGUAUUCAGUUGUAUAAUACUUCCAAAUUCAAAAUGAGAAGAAAAGCUGUAUCAAACCAUCUAAGCAAUAAAUGUUAUAUUUUAAAAAUGACAGAUUGCUUGCCA